UUUUCCCGUAGUACGGCUCCAGAUUUUUCCAAGCAGCGAAAACGUUGAAGGCGUAAUGUUACUACUGUUUAUUACGUACGGAUUAGAACGGUUUUUACGUUUUUGUUUCCAGCAUUUGUUCGUCUCCUAUUCUGCAUUCAUUUCACUUGUUAUGAUGUUAUCAUCUCUUUGAUAUUUGGAAAAUUUUCAAGGAAGCUGGAUACUUAAGAUUAGUGUGUGAACUGAUCGUUUCCUGCUCCAGUUUCCAAUUGUCGAGAUAAUAGUUAUUUGCCUGUUCUUUUUUGGGCUUAUUGGCGCUCCAGCAUUAAAUGGCACAAACUUCCUGCAAAUUGUGAAUCGUGUUCGUGCGCUAUUUUAUGAUUCCAGUGUCUGAAAUUCUGAGUAAGAUUAAUUUAUAUCAUUGGAAGAAAUGGCAAAAAAGGAUUAUGACCACUUAUUCAAACUUCUGAUUAUUGGAGACAGCGGUGUUGGCAAAAGUAGUCUGCUGUUGCGGUUUUCCGACAAUACAUUCACAGGAUCGUAUAUAACAACUAUUGGGGUGGAUUUCAAGAUACGAACUCUUGAAAUCAAUGGAGAGCGAGUGAAGCUGCAAAUAUGGGAUACCGCGGGACAGGAACGAUUUCGCACUAUCACAUCCACCUACUACAGGGGAACGCAUGGUGUAAUUGUGGUCUACGAUGUGACGAAUGGCGAAUCGUUCGGCAAUAUUAAACGCUGGUUGGAGGAAAUCGAGAAUAAUUGUGAAAACGUCAGUAGUAUUCUUGUGGGAAAUAAAGACGAUGAUCCAGAAAGGAAAGUGGUGACUACUAGUGAUGCUCAACGCGUUGCGGUGGCUUCCGGAAUACCGUUAUUUGAAACUAGUGCCAAAGAAAACCGAAAUGUUGAAGAGAUGUUCCGUGGAAUAACCAAGCUGGUGCUGGACAAUAAGAAGCGGAGUCUCAUGCAGAAUCCUUCUGAUGCUGGUGCACUGACGUUAACAGGAAAUAAUAAAUCCGGCCAUGAUAAAAAGACGAAGUGCUGUAAAUAAGGACGACGUGGAAAACGAAAUGCACAGCAGUGACUGCACCUACGAUUUCGCUGGCAUGUGUGCAGAAUUUCCGGAUAGCUCAGUCAGUCGUUUUUGUUUGUUCAAUUAGAAAAAUUAAAAAUGUGUUUCUGAGUAUUUGUUGUCUGAUUACUUAUUAAUACUAUAUAUUCUAUCUUGAAUGAGCAGCGAUAUCGGUGAUUCCAAAUGAGAUGCUCGAUUUUAUUUUGUUAAACUUUUUAUUGAUUUAUUUGGAUGUGGACAGUGGUUUGUUAUUGCGUAAGAACUUAAUACAUCGUUACGGAAUAU